AUGGGCCCACGAUCCUUAACCUUCUCCGUUCUCGUCAUCCUCAUUGCGGCGACGACUUUGGCAAAUGGUUACAGUCCUCCGCCUCCAACCACCGCAUACCCGGCCGUAAAAACCGUGGAAGCGGCGGUGGAAGGAAUGGUGUACUGUCAAUCCUGCGACACAUCCGGGUCAUGGUCUUUGGCCGGAGCAGAAGCCAUAGCUGGAGCUAAAAUCAGCAUCAUUUGCAAGAACCACAAGCAACGAGUUAGCUUCUACAAAGUCUUCCAAACUAACUCCUACGGAUAUUUCUACGGUGAGCUCAAAGGUUUCAAGUUGACUCCACAUUUCUUGGACCAUCCUCUUCACUCUUGCCGUGCCAAGCUCGUCUCCUCUCCUCGUGAAGACUGCAAUCUCUUCUCCAACAUUAACAAUGCUCUCGAUGGUGCUCCUCUUCGGUAUGACGAGAAGAGAAUCAAGUGGACGAACUACGAGGCCGUGGUUUACGCCGCCGGUCCAUUGGCUUUCCGUCCUGACCACUGCCCCGCGACUGCACCGCCUACUUACUGA